CACACUCUUGCCUCUCCCAGGCGUUUGUUGUGCAGUUCCUCUUUGUCUGCUGGGCACGAGGGCAACAGCGUCUGCCUCCCCUCCCUGUGCGGCCCCCCACCCGCUCGGUGCCUCGGAACAGGGCUGCUGGAGCCUGGCGUCCCCCACUACACACAGAGACAGUUCUCCAGCCCCCUCCCCAAGCACAUCCAAGUGUGCCGUCUCUCUCCCUCUCUCCCGCACACACUCGCUCAACACACACAGCCUGGGCUGAGCUGUGCUCGCUGGCUGCAGCCGUGGGCCCCUGCUCACCGUGCCGCUGCCGCUGCCUGCGAAAUGACGGCGGUUCCCCUCACUUCCAGGAAUCCACGCUUCCUGGAAGGUGAGUGGCUGGGCUCACCCCUGCCUGCCCCCAAGACGCAGACAUGCACACACCACCCGCACUCCCUCGCCGUUUCCAAGGCGGCGGCCGCGCUCGCACCCCAGGGUCUCACCGGCAAGGGAAGGAUAAUCUGGAGAGGGAUCCCUCAGGAGGGUGUGUUCCGGAUUUCUUGCCUCAGGCCCAAGACUCCAACCAUUUUAUAAUGGAAUCUUUAUUUUGUGAAAGUAGCGGGGACUCGUCUCUGGAGAAGGAGUUCCUUGGGGCCCCUGUGGGGCCCUCGGUGAGCACCCCCAACAGCCAGCACUCUUCUCCCAGCCGCUCACUCAGUGCCAACUCCAUCAAGGUGGAGAUGUACAGCGAUGAGGAGUCGAGCAGACUGCUGGGGCCCGAUGAGCGGCUCCUGGAAAAGGAUGACAGCGUGAUUGUGGAGGACUCACUGUCGGAGCCCCUGGGCUACUGUGAUGGGAGUGGGCCCGAGCCGCACUCCCCUGGUGGCAUCCGGUUGCCCAAUGGCAAGCUCAAGUGUGAUGUCUGCGGCAUGGUCUGUAUCGGACCCAACGUGCUCAUGGUGCACAAGCGUAGCCACACUGGUGAAAGGCCCUUCCAUUGCAACCAGUGCGGUGCCUCUUUCACCCAGAAGGGGAACCUGCUACGCCACAUUAAGCUGCAUUCUGGGGAGAAGCCCUUCAAAUGUCCCUUCUGCAACUAUGCCUGCCGCCGGCGUGAUGCACUCACCGGCCACCUCCGCACACACUCGGUCUCCUCUCCCACCGUGGGCAAGCCCUACAAGUGUAACUACUGUGGCCGGAGCUACAAGCAACAGAGCACCCUGGAGGAGCACAAGGAGCGGUGCCACAACUACCUACAAAGUCUCAGCACUGAAGCCCAAGCUUUGGCUGGCCAACCAGGUGAUGAGAUACGUGACCUGGAGAUGGUACCAGAUUCCAUGCUGCACUCAGCCUCAGAGCGGCCAACUUUUAUUGAUCGUCUGGCCAAUAGCCUCACCAAACGCAAGCGUUCCACCCCCCAGAAGUUUGUAGGUGAAAAGCAGAUGCGCUUUAGCCUCUCGGACCUCCCCUAUGAUGUGAACUCAGGUGGUUAUGAGAAGGAUGUGGAGUUGGUGGCACACCAUGGCCUGGAGCCUAGCUUCGGAGGUUCUCUGGCCUUUGUGGGUGCAGAGCAUCUGCGUCCCCUCCGCCUUCCACCCACCAAUUGCAUCUCAGAACUCACACCAGUCAUCAGUUCUGUCUACACCCAGAUGCAGCCCCUCCCCAGUCGACUGGACCUUCCAGGAUCCCGAGAAGCAGGUGAGGGACCUGAGGACCUGGCUGAUGGAGGUCCCCUCCUCUACCGGGCCCGAGGUCCCCUGACUGACCCUGGGGCGUCCCCCAGCAAUGGCUGCCAGGACUCCACAGACACAGAGAGCAACCAUGAAGAUCGAGUUGGGGGGGUGGUGUCCCUCCCUCAGGGUCCCCCACCCCAGCCACCUCCCACCAUUGUGGUGGGCCGGCACAGUCCUGCCUAUGCCAAAGAGGACCCCAAGCCACAGGAAGGGUUAUUGCGGGGUACCCCAGGCCCCUCCAAGGAAGUGCUUCGGGUGGUGGGUGAGAGCGGUGAGCCUGUGAAGGCCUUCAAGUGUGAGCACUGCCGCAUCCUCUUCCUGGACCACGUCAUGUUCACUAUCCACAUGGGCUGCCAUGGCUUCAGAGACCCUUUCGAGUGCAACAUUUGUGGUUACCACAGCCAGGACCGGUACGAAUUUUCUUCCCACAUUGUCCGAGGGGAGCACAAGGUGGGCUAGCAACCUCUUCCCUUCCCCUCAGCCAACUACUCCACUGCCCUACCCACAGGUGUCCAGCCCUGACCCCACCACAUCCCAAGGAGUUUUGCUUGUAGCCUCCUCCACUGGCUACCUGACUUCACGCCUCACCCUGACUCCUCCUCACCUGUUCUCCUUCUCCCUGACCGAUUUAAGCAUUGUGAUGAAACAGGUCUUUUGCUUAUGUUUCUUUUUCUCUUCUCUCUCAUCCCAGCAUACUCACUGAGGUAUUUAUUAAUACACUGGUUUUUCUUUUGCCUUUUUCUUUUUUAACUUAUGUUAGUCACUUGCCACUCCCUCUCCGUCUCCCUCCUGCCCACAGCUCCCUUCUACUGUAGGCCUAGUUUUUCACUCUCUGAUCCAGCGUCCUCCAGCAGCUCCAGGGGUUGGAAGCUCCUCUCAGUACUAAGAGACCCUGAGCUUCUUGCUUUAAGUCUUCACACUUUACAUUAUCUAAUUCUUCAGUUUUAAUGCUGAUACCUCCCUUUGGCCCUACCUUAGCUCUGUGGCAUUAUAUCUCCUCUCUGGGACCCUUCAACCUGGUACUCCAUACCUCUUGUGCCCUCUCACUUUAGGCAGCUUGCACUAUUCUUGAAUGAAUGAAGAUUUUUCUCAUUUGGAAGUAGGAAGGGGCUGAAGAAAUUCUCCCCAGGCACUGUGGGACUGAAGGUCCUCCUGAUAUUCCCCUCGUAAUAUGAGUUACUCAAAGCCUACAUUCAGGAUCUCCCUCUAGGAUGUGAUGUCUCUUCCCUCUCCUCAAACAAGCCCUCAACACUGCUCCAGUCUCUUCAACCCACCAGUCUACUCAUUAGCAGCUUUUCUCUCCUCGGAGUGCCCCAAUUUCAUAUUCUCAGGGGCCAAGGCUAGGUCUCCAAUCCUGUCUCUGACACAUUGGGAGCCACAGGUGCCUAACUGGGAACCAGGGGAUGGGAAAGGGUGGGUCAAUUCUCUCUCUUCACCUCUCAAACUUCUUCACGUUAGUGACCUUCCUAGCUCUCAGGGGCUCCGUCAGUCCCCAUUCUCUGAGACACUAGUGGGUUGCUGCCUGAUGGCAAAGGGGCAUCAAACCUCUCUGCCUGCUGCCUUCUUCCUGUCCUUCCCAGCAGGAUUCACCUCUCAAUGCCAGGCUCCUGGGCCCUAUUCUUAGAAUUAAUGGCAGGGAAAAAAAGGGUGACUCUUUUCUCUCUUCUCAUUUUCAGUAUAACCAAAAAUUAUCCCAGGAUGAGCAAGGGCAUGUGUCCCUUACCCCAUUGCACCCCUGUUCCAGCAAGAAUGGGAUGGGCUCAACUGAACUGGGGGUCAUCCUUUACUGGCCCCCUCGCCACUCAGCUCCCAGACAUAGGUUAGGAGAGGGCACUCUCCUCCUAGUUACUGCAGAGACCCCUGGCUAUUUGGGUAACCUACAAUUAGUGAGAAGGGGCAGGAGGAGCUACAGCUCCACUGCAGGUGGAGGUCUCUUUCUAUGAGAGUUACCUGUCAGAGGCCACAGCCAUCCCGCUCUCUGCUUCCUUGAGAUUCAAACCAAAGGAUGUUUUUCUAUGUUUAAAGAAAAAAAAAGUAAAAACCAAACACAACACCUCACAAGUUGUAACUCUUGGUUCUUCUCUCUCCUUUUCUCUUCCCUGCCAUUUUUCUUUCCAUAUGUCCUUUCCUUAUUGACUCUUUUCCUCCUACUUUUCUCACUCCCUAUCAGGGAUAUUUUGGGGGGAUGGUAAAGGGUGGGCUAAGGAACAGACCCUGUGAUUGGGGCUCUUAAGGGCUCUGGGAAGAGUCUACCCUAUCUUCUUAUUGGAAGGGAGAUCCCACAAAACUUUCUCCUCUUCCUCUUACUCCUUCCCCAUUAUUUGAUUUCCCCAAGUGAACCAGAUUGGCAAGGAGAGAUACUGUGGGGCGAUUGUUCCUCAUUGACAUGUAGCAAUAAAUAGAUGCUGCCAAGGGGAGAGGUGUGGGGGUUAGCUCAGAGGACAGUGGUCUCUAGAGAAGGGGAGGGUGGUCUCAGCAGCACUCUGGGCUACUAGCUCCUUGUUUCAGGAAGGCAGCAUAGUCAGGAUAGUAUCUGGGCUUCUCCUGACCCAUUCUGGUUAUUGAGCCCCUCCCCAUUAGAUCUCCCACCUCCCACCUCUUCUGAGUCUGCUGUGUAUUUGGUGACGCCUCACAAGGACUAGCCCCCUCUGGGGUAUCAGAGCCUUUGGGUGCUCCCAUUCCCUCCCCUGGUCAGCUUUGGCACCUAUAACCUUCCGGAACAUGAAGGACUAUGCUCUGAGGCUAUGUUCUCUGUGCCCAUGAGAGCAGAGACUGGAAGGGCAGGACCAGGUGCUAAGGAGGGGCGAGAGGGGCGUCCUGUCUCUCUCCAGACCAUCAUUGCACUUUAACCAGGGUCUUAGGUACAAAAUCCUACAUUUCAGAGCCUCCCAGCUCUGGAACCUCAAACAUCCUCAUGCUCUCUCCCAGCUCAUUUUGCAUUAAAAAAAAAAAGAAAAGAAAAGAAAAGAAAAAUAAGAAAACACACUGAAACCCACAUGGAGAAAAGAGGUGUUUCUUUUUAUAUUGCUAUUCAAAACCAAUACCACACAAAAAAAUUUCUAAACAGACACUUUUCCAGAUCUUUGUUUUUCUGUGUCAGUGUCCAAGCUGCAGGUGGGAUUUUGUAAUACUUCUGGCAGCUUCUUUCCUUGUGUACAUAAUAUAUAUAUAUAUAUAUAUUUUUAAUCAGAAGUUAUGAAAAACAAAAAGAAAAAAAUUAAACACAGAAGCAAGUGCAAUACCACCUCUCUUCUCCCUCUCUCCCCGGGUUUCAUUUAUAGCCCAUGUUUGGUGUCUCCUUUGACUCUUACCCCUUCACUUCCUCCUCUCUUCUUCUGGUUUCUCCCUUACCCUCCCCCCUUUUUUAAGAGUUUUUCUCCUUUCUCAAGGGGAGUUAAACUAGCUUUUGAGACUUACUGCAAAGCAUUUUGUAUAUGUAAUAUAUUGUAAGUAAAUAUUUGUGUAACGGAGAUAUACUACUGUAAGUUUUGUACUGUACUGGCUGAAGGUCUGUUAUAAAUAAACAUGAGUAAUUUAACACCCCUGGUUGUUUUUGCAAACUUCCUUUGCCUUGC